CUGUGUGAGCUGUGAUUGGUCACAGCUUGUCACAUGUUGUAAAUAGCCUUGUACCAUGUGAUCUCUUAAGCAAUGAUGUCAGAAGUGACAUCUUGCUUACUCCUAUUCAUGUGAUCACUGAUUGGCCAAUCAGUGAUAACAUGAUCGGGACCUCACACAGAGGUGCCGUACAGCGAUCGGUGUUCUGCUGUGUCCUCCGGAUCGCGGUGCCAUGCGCACAGUCCAAAAUGGCAGGCGCCAUUUAUGAACGUCAACCCACCCCUGCACUGCCACCGUCCGGCCAUUUAUAUACAUGGGCCGGACGGGAA